UACAAUUUGGCCUAUAGAAUUUGAGGUCCGAGGGGGGAUCGUGGUCAAGGAAAAAGGGAAGAAGAAGGGGAAAGAAGAGCAGGUUGUUAUGGCUAAAUUAUUCCAUAUUUUUCGCUGAAACUCUUCAAGAUCGGUUUUAGAUCCGUUCGUUAAAAUCAAAAUAUGCACAUUAAUCGUUGAUAUUCUGGUUAUAUUCAGAAUCCGAGUGUUCCGCGGAGUAUUUUGAUUCCCAUUUUAACCAAAUUUGAAAGGAAAUUAAGUCUCUGUGGGAAUUCGAAUUUUUGUAGCAGGUUUCAAGAAUUCUAAUAGAUAGUCAGUGUUUAAAAGAACAAUCAAGUGUAUUUGUUGAAGAUUUUGGAGGUGAUUUUCAGUGCAGAGGAUCUCAUGCCAUUUUAGCAAUGUGGUAGAGAAUUUCGCUCCCCUUUGUGCUGUGAUCUUAGCAAUUUUAUGUGUUAUUAUUUGGCUGAACAUUACCCUGAUUUUCUCAUGGCAAAGCUGGAUGUUAAGCAAGACGCAUUAGAAUCUGAGCUCACAAAUUAUGCACUUGGUAAAGAAGGUGCAUCAAACACAAAGGAGAGGGCGAACCCACGUGUUUAUAAACUUGUUCGGGUUGAAGGAGAUGGAACGUUUGUUCCAGCAACUGAAGAUGAGGUCGAGCACUUGUUGGAAGAUGAUAGGGACCAGAACUAUGUAAAAUCUCAUAAGAAAAAUAUCAUUUCAGAUAGUAUGUCAAAGAGUUUGGACAAAGAUUCCCCUAACAGUGACAGUUUUAUAGAGAAUGAAGAUGUUACAGGUGUUUCAGAAUUGGAAGACGCUGAGGCUGAAAGGCGAAAGCUACAUGCUAAGCUUGAGUUUCUUGAGGUGAUGCUACAGAGGGUAAACGAAGAAGAACGUCUUCGGCUAGCUUCUGUUGUUCCUGGUCGUUCUCGAUAUGCAUUGAACAAAACUGUUAGUAGUAGUUCUAAUUGGGACUAUAGUCGACGCUCCCCGGACUCUGGUUCACAUGUUCUAAGUGCAGAUGCCCCUUCUCAGGAAAGUCUUUCUCCAACAAAUUCAGUAUCAACUGAUGAUAAUGCUAUUUUAGACAUAGAAAAGGAUUCCAAUGAAUCUCCACCACCUGAAGAAGAAGAUAAUGCAAAGUCAGAUUCCAAUCUUUCCAAGAAAGAAAUUUGCUUGGACAACCUUUCUAUUCGAGAACUUCAUGAUGCCUUUCGAAGGACAUUUGGUCGUGAAACCUCUGUUAAGGACAAGCAAUGGCUCAAGCGGCGCAUUUCAACAGGAUUGAAAAGUACUCAUGAUGGGGAAAAUAAUAAUUUUGCAUUGGAAAAUAAGACAGCUAAUGGUAAGAAACAAGAGAAAGUUUCCAGCAUUGGAAACAAGCACAUUACAGACCAACAUGUGCAUUUGUUUGAGAAUGUACGAACCCCAAGAAACAAAGUUGCAUCUGGUAGUAGUUUUGAGUCACGAGGGGCUAAACAACCUCAAGGGAAAGACAGUUCUGUCCACUCAUCAAUGGAAGCAGAAAAAAUAGGAAAUAUAUUUAAUAAUGAAUUUGCAGGUAAUGGGAUGAGAGCAGGAAAGAGAUUGCAGAAGCCAAAAGCAGAAUAUGAUGAAUAUGAAGAUACUGGUGUAGAGCAGACAGCUGGGAAGACGGUUCGUAAACCUAAACUAGAGUAUGGAUGUUAUGAUGAUGACUUGGAUGAGGAUAUAACUGAAGGCAAGCGAUUUCAGAGGCCAAAAAUAGAGUAUGGAGAGUAUGAUGAAGAUCUCAGGACAUCAAAGACUGCAGGAAAGAGAAUGAGGAAACCUACCAAACGAUACAUUGAAGAACUAUCAGAAGUAGAACCUAGAGCAUAUAAUGCAAGGACAGUUCCUGCUGUGAGAGAUUCAGGUCAUGGCCACUCACCAUUGAAGUCACGUGUCAGGCCUCCAUACUGGAAUGGGACAGAGGGAAUGCCAUUGGUUACUAGGCAAGAUUCUUUUGGAGGAUCUGGAAUUCAGGUUCCGUUUGUUUCUAGAGUACGGAGGGGACGCCCAAGGAAAAAUUGUACUUCACUUCUGAAGUAUAAUUCAAAUGGAAUGGCGGCUAAACUUGUGAAGAAAGCUUUAACUGUACGAGCUGCACGGUAUGAAGGGGAGGGGGCAGAUAUGAAAUGGAAACCUAGACUUCCUUAUGGAUGUGUUGAGCAGAAUAUUGAUGAGAACAUUCAAAAUGAUGAAAAAGCACUGGUUCUAGUUGAAACAGAUGGACAUUCCAUUUCUGAGCCUCUUGAUUAUGAUUUGGAAGAGGAUUACUCAGAUGGGUAUGUUGCAACUGUUCCAACAGCAAAGGGUGGAACUCGAAGGAAACAUCAUCGUGCCUGGACACUGGGGGAAGUGAUGAAAUUAGUUGAGGGUGUAUCUCGGUGUGGUGCUGGAAGGUGGUCUGAAAUUAAGAGACUUGCCUUUUCAUCUUAUCAACAUCGUACCUCUGUAGACCUUAAGGAUAAGUGGCGAAAUCUGAUAAGAGCUAGCAAUGCACAAUUUCAGACCAACAAAGAGGGUAGAACCCAAAGAAAGCAUGCUUCAAUUCCUAUUCCUGCCCCAAUAUUGGCUCGUGUAAGAGAACUAGCUGCAUUACAGUCACGUGCCCUUUGUGCUCCAAGUUCUAGUUCAGUGAGUCGUAGUGGAAGAACUGUACAUAAGAAACAACCUGUCUAAAUGUAUAUGACAUGUAUCAUGUAUGUGAAUAAACUUUGGGCAGUCUUGAACGUUACUCUGGUUGAGAUACCCCUCACACAAAAUAAGUAAUAUUGAGGCUUCAUGCCAAGUUUCUCCCUAGGAGAGUCAAUGAUAUCUAUACAAGCUUCUGGUGGUGCGGCUGUAUAGAGAGUGGCAUUGUAGGAGAAUUUGGCCAGUAUCAGAAUCACGAUGCUGCUCUCUAAGGCAAAGAGUGUAUUGGCAACUGUAAGAAUGUAAUGCAAGUUGCUGACAUGUUCCAUGUUGGUUCAAAUGCUAAUAUGUCCAUAUGAAGGUAAAGCUUGUAUAGUAGUACUUAGUGGAAAAAAGUUUUGCAUAUCCAUCUUGAAGCUAUGGAAGAAAUAUUUGCUCAAAAAUUUGUGUUUCUUCAUUCCUAGUUGAGCUGUAUAUAUGUAUAUAUAAAGUAUAUCGUUUUGAACUCUUUUA